AUGCUUCUGGGCUACAAUGCGGUGGAAAGAAACACCAAGGAACUGCAUCCACCGGUUGCGCAGAUCUGGGCGAUUUUCAACCUUUACCUUGACAACGUAGAUCCGUUGCUGAAAGUUGUACAUGCUCCGUCUUUCCAGAAGCAACUUCUUCAAGCGGUUCAAAACAUGGAUUCCUUGGAAGCUGAAGUCGAGAUAUUGCUCUUCUCCAUUUACUUCUCAGCGAUGAUCAGCAUACCUACGGAAGACUGCCUUUCGAUGUUCAAAGAAUCAAGGGUGACUCUGCUAGAAAGGUACCGCUUUGGCCUAGAACAAUGCCUCAUUCGAUCAAAUUUUCUCAUGAAGCCUUCCUUACCGGUUUUGCAGGCAUUGGUUCUCUAUUUAGCGACCUCGCUCCAUGCUCCAUUCCCUUCGCCAAAGGAAUCGCUCCUGGCCCUGUCUAUCCAGAUGGCCAGAACAAUGAAUUUUCAUAUUGAACAGCCGGAUCAUCCGUCAAGCGGUCCCCAGUUCGCCACUCUUGGACAGAGGACACGUACCGAAAUGCGACGCCGGUUAUGGUGGCACAUUAUGACCUUGGACGUACGAAUUGCGGAAGAAACGGAUAAAGACCCGAUUAUUUGGGAAGGCAUGUGGAACGUCAAAAUGCCGAGCAACCUGGAUGAUGCUGAAUUGGACAUGACGAGUAGUCUUCCCAUUCCACCACGCGCCGGCGAAACCUUCGAUGCGGACGUAUAUUUAACUCAAAAUUCUGACACAGCUACCGAUCAAAGAGGGAGCCACGAUCGUAGGACAGACUUAUCAUUCACGCUCAUGCGCAUGGACAUCAACUAUGCUGCGCGUCGAUUUUCAUUCAGUCAGGACUUCUGUACGGUAAACGGAUAUGAUGCGCUUUGUACAGUGGAAGAACGUGUAAAGUCCGUGGAACGACUGGUAAAGGAUAUGGACCGACGUUAUCUGCAGUUCUGUAAUCGCAACGACGCAUUCAGUUUCUUCGAGCGCAACGCUGCAAAGUUGAUUUUAAGCCGUCAUUUUCUGGUGGUUCAGAAAAACAGGCAGCCAGCCGAAGUUUUGCAAAACUGCAUUCUCGUUCUCGAAGCGGCGGCUGGGAUGCGAAGAACGCACAAGAAGUGGGGAUGGUUGCUGAGAUCACACGUCGAACUCGUGGCGCUGGAACUGCUGUGGAAUUGCUUGAGCACCAUGACUAGUCCGGCUUUUGGAGGAGAAAAUUCGAACCCGUCGAGUGAGCAUCUAGCAGGAAGACUGCAGCAUGCAUGGGCUCUUGCGGAGAUCGCCUUUCAACGAGGCAAAGAGGAUGAGCUGCAUCUUUGUUAUGGCAGCCAAUGGACACGUAUUGCCGAUCUCCGCGACGUUGCUAUUGCCAUUCGCGAAGGAGCUCUUGAUUCUGGGCACAUUGUGGAAGUCGUAUGAUUGCCCUCAGUUGGAAGAUCUGCAAGGCCCACGACCAUCUCGUAUCUUUGCCAUCCUUGGCUCCAAGAGAGAGAAGUACUUUUUACGAGCGUGGAAUGCUCCACAGCCUUGUUCAGGAGCAGCAAUGGCGUUCAGU